AGACUAUAUAUAUGCUGACUCUCCAUUUCCCUCCAUUUCUCUCCAUUCCAUUCCCUCAUUCAACUUCAAUCUCAUCACUUUGACUCUCCCCUCCCUCUUUCACUCUCUGACUUGAGUAGCAUAUAGCAAAGCACAGACAUACAUCAAAUCCAACCAUCUACUUGAAUUAAUUUAAAACAUAUCCUAUCAAUUUUCAAUUGACAACCGCAUCGCUAUAAACCAUGGCGGCUAGGCCUACUACUUCUUCUGCUGCAACUGCCUCUGUGCCUUCCUCUGCCAUGGUCAACAUCGUGGUCUCAGUGGAGGGCGGCAAGACCCUCAGUGUGAGAACUGCGCCUACAACGGCCCUUCGACAUGUCCUGGAUGCUGUCUGCAGUCAACAGACCCUUGCAGAACGUGAGACCUAUGCACUGAAGAGCGGAGCAAUGAUCGUUGACCUCUCCCUGACAGUCCAGGACGCGAGAAUCACGUCCGGAUCAAAACUAAAUCUUGUUAAGGUCUACAGGAACCGAAAAGCAGCAACGAUCAAGGCAACCCUCCUGCUCGAAGACGGAAAUGGAGCGAUUCAAGACUUUGACUCCACGGCCACGCUCUGGGAUGCCUUGCUGGGGUUUGAACGAGCCUCCAAUUGGUCACUAAAUCUGACAAGACGCACAGGAACACAGCCCCUGUCGGCCAAGAACAUCCUCACCAUCCAUCGGCGACUCUCCAAAAAGGGAAGGGCCGCCGGAAAAGUUUACAUGCUGCCUGUCGUUACCAUACUCGAGCAAGAGUACAAUUCAAUCCAAGGUCUCAAAUCUAUAACGCUCGCACAAGCCGGGGCUGGAGCCCAAAGCCUCAUCCUCCGGGUCACCAUGCGCCAUACCAACCACUCUAUUGACCAAUACCUCCCAGAAAUCGAUCUUUCGCUCUCUGCAUCCCUCGCCUCCAUCCCCGCCUCAUCCUUGAACCCAUCUGCUCCUCCGCAAGGCCCGUCAUCUUCCUCUGAUCCCCGUCGCCUCCGCCGAUUACUAUCCCGCUCCGCCGCUGCUCCGACGCCUCCCACGUCGAGCCCUGGUCUCGGACUCACUCAUCUCGAAAACACACCUAUCACAGUCCCUUCGAUCGGUGGCAGACGGGGCUCUGUCCAGAACGAAUACCGAGAUGGCCAUCAUGGUGGCCCAUCCGGAGGGGCAAACAAUGACGGCAACGGUGCCGGUGCCGGUGCCGGUGCCGGCGGUGGAGAGGAACCACGUCAGACGCCCUCUCAGGAUAUCAGUUCUGCGAUGGUCGAGGCUACACAUGAGAUCCGACAGUUACGCGAGCAGCAAACUCAAGAGGCCAUGACAGAUCGCGUCAAGCGCCUGUCGAAAAGCUCGGAGAGCAAUGCAGAUAAAGACCGGUUCGUCCGCAGCAUGAGUUUUUAUCAGCCGAUGGCGCCCAUGCCUGGACAGGGGGUUGGAGGUGUUGAGGACACUGGGAUGGCUUCUAUUCCUCUCUCCCGCCUUUCUACUACUUCUCCAUCACAGUUGCAGUCUGAGCCGCAGGUAGUGCCCGAUUCGGUCAAUUCAAGGGACCGAGAUAAUCUGGUGCUACAGAUUGCGCAGAGGGUGAGCAUGCAGUUGAGGGAGGCCCAGCAGCGAGGGGACUCGGUUGCGGAUUAUCACUCGUUAAUUGCGCAGGAGAUCGUAAAGGAGCAGAAGGCGGGUGUAUUGCCGAUCUCUCCUGCGGACGGUCGCAAGAGAUCCGUCCAAGAGAUUGGUUCAGAGGGCCAUGCUCAACUGGUGGCGAGAACGUCCUCUUGAGGUCCCCCGCUAUGAAGCUGUUAUUUUUUUUUUGUUUUAUUUUGCUAUGGUAACAUAAUACAAUACAGUCGAAACUCGUUUUUAGGCCGGGGUUUCUAAUGCGAUAAAAACCUGUUCAGUUUGCAGAUUAAAGAGGUUAUCUGGCAUGAAUUUCUUCAGCUG